CGGCCGGCCCGUGCUACGCGAGCGCGGAGCAUGACCCUACGCACACCCGCUUAUUGCAAUGCGGAGGAUCGACAAUUCUUCAUCUCAAGAUGGUGUAGAAACUACAUCUAUAACAAGUUCAGUUGAGAACGAAGUGAGAAAACAAUCAUCUAAAGCAAAACGCAAUUCGAUAAAAAGGAAAAUGCCCAAUUUCAAUGACGAUUCAGAUGACACAGUUAAUGAACCGCUCUUGCAGCCAGAAAACGAUAUCAGGGAAUUUAAUCAAAGUGCCAAAUUUGUUAGUUCAAAACCUAAGACUGAUUCAACAAACGAAAGAUCUGAUAAUGCAAACAUUGGAACUAAAAUACAAAAGACUUCCCCGGAGAAUUCUUCGGAAAAUAAUACUUUUAAAAGUAUUACGACAGAUGUUGCAAGUGCCAGCACAUCCGUAACAGCACCUAUUCGUAACUAUAUGAAUACAAAUAUAUUUGGUGUCAUCGACACUACCGCCUCCAACUCUACAAAAAGUACAUUAAUUGUAGAAAUCGAUAAUACUAAGUCUUCUGCUUACAGCCCAAGUCCCUUAAUUUUUACAACGGCUAAAAUACAUACAGACAAUAAAACAAAGGACUUGGAACCUCUUCAAGUAACGCCGGUUCCAAUUUUAUCUACUAUAGAAGGUAAUGUAAUUAAAUCUAUUCCAAGUACAUUUCAUAGCAGCGAAAAACAUAACGACGGAGUAAAAUCUAAAAGUGAAAAUCAGAAAAAAUGCAAUUAUGAAAAUGAACAAAGUAUCAUUAAAAAUGCAUCUCAUAUAAAAGAACAUUCAGAAACCAUCGGUUCAAAUAUAAAAUCAACGGUCGUUUCUACAAAUGAAGCAAAACCAGCACCAGGACAGAGUACUAAACAAACUUCACUUGAUAUGACUCUGAUAUCACAGGCUGAUUCUAAAAUCCCUAUUGGAACCUCCAAAGUUGAUGUAAUAAUUUCAACAAGCACUAACAUAUUACUAGAUGAAAAAACUCAGACUACGGCUGUAGAUACAACAAAGAAAAAUGUGUCAGAAAAAUCUUUGGUAGAACAUUCCAAAUUUGAAAUACAACAAAAACCUCGUAAAACAAAUAACGAGAAACAAAGUUUUUUGAUAGACGAGAGUCAAAAACAGACUUCUAAUGGUGUUACUCCUCAAAAACAUUCUUUAAAUGCAAACAAAGCAUCAAUUUUGACAUCAAGCAAUAGUGAAAAUAAGUCGAAUAAAGAAAAAGCUACAAAGUCUGUAAGUAGUUUACCUAUAAACAAGCAGUUGCAACGACAAAAGAAAACAGUUGAAGAUAUUUCUAUCUCAGAUGCCAAAAAUCAAAAUAUUGUUUGUGAUCCUAAAGUAAAUAUAUCUCAAGACUCCACAAGCUUACCUGAAAACAAAAUAAAGGGUAGUAUAAUUAACCCGACUAUGCCAAAAACCUCUUUAGAAUUGCCAACUAAAUGUAGUAGUAGUAGUAUGUCCGAUUAUUCUGCAGUAUCCGAUAAACCUACUUUCGUAAGUUCUGUGCUAAAAGGAGAAGUAAACAUUUCGGACAAAACUGGCCCCGCAACUUCAGUACUAUCAGGAAAAGGAAAAAAUGUAGAUAAAAAGAGUUCAUUAAUUUCCGAGCCAACAGAGAAAAAAAACAUUCCAGAUAAAACUGGUUCUUUAAUUUCUGUGCCAAAAGGAAAGACUGUAUCUUCAGAUAAACCUGUAUUUUUAACUUCUAUAACACCAGUUACAGCUAAUUCAAAUGACAGAUCUAAAAAUAUAAGUAAAACUAGCCCCUUAACGUCUGUGCCUUCAGGAAAAGCCAAUAAUAUUGAUAAAUCCGGUUCUAUGAAUUCUGGGCCAACCGGAAAGACAAAUACUGCGGAUAAACAUGUUUCAGCAUCUUCUGUGCCUAUAGUGAAACCGAAUACAAUAGAAAAACCUAGUUCUUCAACUUCAGUGCCAUUGAGCAAAGAGAAUAUUGAAAACAAACCGGAUUCUUCAAGCUCUGUAUCAGCAGUGAGCACAAAUAAUAAUAUCAAACCGGGACCUGUAGCAUCUGUGUCGUCAGUUAAGGUAAAUACCGCGGGGAGUUCAACAUCUUUAACUUCGGCGUCAAAGGGAGCGGCAAAUAGUACGACUAAGCCUGGUUCUGUAAAUUCUGUAUUAAGUGAAAAGGUAAAUACUAUAGAAAAGUUUGCUUCUGUAAAAUCUACACCAAAAGAACAGACUAAUACUGUUAUAUCUAGUUCUAAAAAUACGGCGUUGGUAACUAAAAGCAGUAGGAAAGACCCAGUAACCACAACUUCUGGGUCGAAUAUUUCUAAACCAAUUACUGCGAAGUCGUCCGGAAAAGAAUUAGUUGCCGAACUUAAAAAAGUUUCCGAAAAACCGAAAACUAAGAUUUCACCGACGUUAAAAUCAGAAUCCACAAUUGCACCAUCUGAUAGUAAAUCUAACAAGAGCAUUCCUUUUACGGCUUCAACUAAUGUCUUGACAAAUGUCGCUACUUCGGUGGGGAAUAAAAAAUUAGGCAUUGAAACACAUGCGACUAGUUCAAGUUCUGUUACGUCAUCAAUAAAGGGAAGUGUAGUCAGUAGUUUGCCUUCGUCCUCAACUUCUGCUAAGAACAUAAUCGGGACGAACAAAAACAUUGAGCCGAUGUUUAGCGAAAAUAAUAAGGACAGUAGAGCUUAACAAUUAGACUUUAUAAUUAGAUAAUAGGUAUCUCGUGAUUUGUACUAAAAAAAAUUAUUAAGUUUAUUAAAAUUAGUGGACAAUAUUCCUUGAGAAUUU